UCACAGCUGCAGUGCCGGAGCCAGUUGUGCCCCUGGAAGCAAGGCUUCUGUCCAUGGAGAGGCCCCUCACCAUCCUGCAGGUGAGCCUGUACCACCCCACGCUGGGCCCCACCACCUUUGCCAACGUCCCUUCACGGCUGGAGCAUGACACUAGCCCACUGCUGGUGGGCCGGGCCCUGGAUGCCCACCUCCAGCUGCAGCUCCCUCGCCUCUCCCGCCAGCACCUGUCGCUGGAGCCCUACCUGGAGAAGGGCGGCACCCGUCUGGCCUUCAACUUGAAGGCCCUGAGCCGCAAGGGCUGCGUGUGGGUCAACGGGCUGACACUGAGGUUCCUGGAGCAGGUGCCCCUCAGGGCCGUCAACAGAGUCACCUUCUCUGGCGUCCAGAUGGUGGUCCACAUCGAGGGAGGCACCUCCCUGGAGGCCUUUGUCUGCUGCUUCCAUCUAAGCCCCUCGCCCCUGAUUUACAGGCCCCAGGCUGAGGAGACUGACGAAUGGGAAAGCAUCCCCCAGGAGCAGCUUCCCCCAGGUUCUGGGCAGCCGGCUCCAGGUCACCUGGGAUUUCUCGACAGCUCUCCCCAGCCUAGCCCUGGAGGAGCACCAGAAAUACAGCUCCAGAGGGAGGCCCCAGACAGUGUGCUCUACUAG